CAAUGCCUCUUGUCGUAUAUAAAAGUUCAGAGAAGACACAUUUGAAAAAAAUCUGUGUCAAUAAUGAAUCGGAAAGACACGACAGCGCGCAUUGCGCACGUCUUCAGGGGAACAUUUGUGCACUCCACACCGAGAGCUGCGGUUGGGAUACUGCAGAACUGUGUCUUAGGAGUCGACGAUGAGGGCAAGAUUGCAUUUAUUGAAAAAGAUCAAGACGUGUGAGUUUUUUAUGCCUGGAAUGGUUGAUACACGCAUCCAUGCGUCUCAGUAUAGCUAUACUGGCACCGCCUUAGACCUGCCUCUGCUGGAGUGGCUCAACACUUACACUUUCCCUGUGGAAGCCAAGUAUAAAGACUUGGGAUUUGCCAAUAAUGUCUACACUAAAGUUGUGAGAAGAACCGUAAAGAACAGCCCCACUACUGCUUGUUAUUUUGCCACAAUGCACACUGAUGCCUCUCUUCUGCUUGGAGAGCUUGCAGAUAAGUUCGGACAAAGAGCUUUAGUGGGUAAGGUUUGCAUGGACUCCAAUUCUGCAGUUCCACAGUACAAAGAAAGUCCAAGCGAAUGUAAAGAGGAGACAGAUCCUUUCAUCAAAGAGCUUCUCAAAAAAGGAGACUGUAAUGGCCCAACUGAUGAAAAACUGGAGAUCUUCCGUGAAACAGGAUCUGCAAUCUCUCACUGUCCAAACAGUAACAUUUCGAUUUGCAGUGGGAUGCUAAAUGUGCGCAAUGUUUUGAACCACAAAGUGAAAUUGGGUUUGGGGACAGAUGUAGCAGGAGGCUACUCCCCAUCCAUGCUAGAUGCUAUGCGAAGAACUCUUGAUACGUCCAAAACCCUGACCAUCCAGGAUCCUCAGCAUAAGACUCUGAGCUUUGAGGAGGUUUUCAGAUUGGCUACACUUGGAGGCAGUGAAGCCCUCUCACUGGAUGAUCAGAUCGGAAACUUUGUGGUUGGAAAGGACUUUGAUGCCCUGCGAGUGAAUGUUUGCGUUCCCGAUGGACCGAUCGAUUUGUUUCCUGGUGAAGGCCCCAAGGUCAUUUUGGAGAAGUUUUUAAAUUUAGGUGACAAUCGAAAUAUUACUGAAGUCUACGUGGCUGGAAGACGAGUGGUUCCAUUUCCAGAUACAUAGUAUCUAGUUGUUUUUAGGCAUAUUUAUUUAUUUAUUUAUUUUUGAUCGCUUGUUUCAUGAUAAUACACUGCAGGUAUUUGUGACACUCUCUCACACACCGCUCUAAUCAGAGGCUCUUAGCUGUCUGUCUCCACUACAUUUGUUUCAUGCCCACUAUACAACAAACAAGUUCUAAUUUAGUAGCAGAUAGUAAUUUAUUCAUGCUUCUAGACUAGUUCUCAAUGUUUUUGAACUGAAAUUGAGUGGUCAGCAUUUCAAGCGGUGACAGCAGUGUCCCUUCAGUAUGAAAUGCUAUAUAUCUCAAAUAAUUUUAAACAGCAUCUUUUCUAAUUGUAAGUUGUAUACACGAGUUAAGAGACUAUGUGGAAUUGUUAUACUCAAAAAUAGUGAUUUGUCACACUACAGGACUAUUUAAAGGAAUUGUAAUAAAGUGACAUCUAAAAUUAUGCACUUUCCCUUAUACAUUUAUAUAUAUAUUUUAACAAAAUCUUGAAAAGUUUGUCCAUGUUAGGGUUAAAAUGAGCCCACCCUCAAAAACAGCGGAUUGUUCCCCCAACAUACACACAACUUUACAUAUUAAAUAAUGUAUACAGUUAUUAUUAUAAUUAUUAUUAUAUAAUUCAUAUAUGUCAGCUGCCGAUUAAUUGGUAAAAUAAUUGAUAACCACAUGGAGGCGCUAAGAGACUGCAGCUCUCACUCCAGUCUACUGCCUCACAGCGAUGAUGUCUCAAUUAGGUAAUCACUAUUAGCAAAGAAAAAACAUCAAUUAUGAUGUGCUUCAGCGAGUGUGAGUCAUAUUUGACUCAUAUUUUCUCAAUAUACUCAUAUUUGACUCACAUUUUAUAUUAAA